AUGAUAAGACUAUGGCAAAAUUAAAAAAUUCAACUGUCAGAUUUCAAGAUUAAUCUAUUAGUUUUAGUUAUAAUUUUUUCAUCAAUGAAACUAACAGAUUCUCUUGAAUAUUAGACAGGAAUUCUCAAAGAAAUACUUCAUCCGACUACACCUCUACAUAUUUUAGCAGAUACACAUACUGAAGAUGCUUCAAUAAUUCUCACUUAAUAAUUGACUGGGUUUGUAAAUGAACCUUAAAUAAUCUACUCAGUUUAUAGGAUGAACUUUGAAAAUGCCGUUUCUGGAGGAUAUACCUUUUUUAUAACAUCAUAAUCAGCAUCACGUAAGCAUUGUAUUAAAUUCUAGAGUUCUAAAUUUAAGUAGUGGCUCCAACUAUUUAAAAAGUUUAUAAUGUUUGGAUAAAAUGGUUAGCUUUUGUUGAUAAGAAUAAAUAAGUAAUAACAGAAGAGAUAUUAUCUCCUUAAACAUCAUAAACUUUCACUGAACAACAUUUCAAUAAGAAUUUUAUUGUUGCUGUUCCGAUAAUAAAUUAUUUGUCUUAUACAAAUACAUUCACUUUUAGAUUUGAUGUAUAAUUUAUAUAAAAUAUAGAUGCCCUCAGUUGAUACAACAAAUGUUUAAAUUAUAUUUACAAGCACUGGUGUCUCAUAAAUAGGAUUUCAAUUAUUGAUUGCUAUAAAAAGUCCUGUUUAUUUGUAUGGUGAAUAAUAAUGGGCUCCUGCUUCUAACACUUUAGAUUUAGCUCCAUUUCAUGUUUCUAGCGUAUCAAUACCACAUUUAUAACAAUCUGACAAUAUCAAUUUCCCUUUAUUUUUAGGACUUACCUCUACAAAUUUGAAUUAAAUAAAUAUAGAAGAAUUAAGUUCCUCAAUUAAUCCUCUAUUAUCUUUUACAAUAGGAUCUUGUAAUUAUUAUGAUCUAUAUAAGCUACUACAUGUUCUAUAACAAGUGGAUGGUUUAAUUAUAUGGUUAUAUCUCCUCAGUUUUAAAUACCUCCUCUUAUUUUACUAACCUUUUCAUAAUAAGAGUAUUAUGUUAGUACUGGUACCUAACAUUUCAGUAUUGAACUACCUCUAUUUAAAACUACAUAUACAACGACUACUGAUUGGAUAGAAAUUGAUAAUACAUAUUUAGGAAUGUAAAUGGUGAUUACAAGUGAGUGUUUGUUCAGAUAUCAACAUGAAUAUUGGUUUUUAGGAUCAGUUAAUGAUAAUGAAUAAUAUAUAAAAGAUUUCUUUUAUUGUUCUGAUGGAUAAAAUAGGAUGAAAUAUAUUAUCAAUUUUACUGAUGGGGAUAGAUUUGAAUAUAAAACAAUCAAAUUUAUUUUUACAACAACUAGCGUAGAAAUGUAUUAAAAGCUUGACAAUAUUAAUUUUGAUGAAGAGUAUAGAACUUUAAAAAUUGUAAUUAGUCAAGUGAGAUGA